GGUGACAGUUCAUCGACACGUCAACCACACGGAAGUCUUUUCUAGCUGAACGAAGGACCGUAGUCUUAUCGAAAUGGGUGGUUUCUUCUCUAGCCUCUUCUCGGGCCUGUUUGGCACCAGGGAGAUGAGGAUUCUGAUCCUGGGUCUGGACGGCGCCGGAAAAACCACCAUACUGUACCGCCUGCAGGUUGGAGAGGUGGUCACUACAAUCCCCACCAUCGGCUUCAACGUUGAGACCGUCACAUACAGAAACCUGAAGUUCCAGGUGUGGGAUCUGGGAGGACAGACGAGUAUCAGGCCCUACUGGCGGUGCUACUACUCAAACACAGACGCAGUCAUCUACGUGGUGGACAGCAGCGACCGUGACAGGAUGGGCAUCUCCAAGUCUGAGUUGGUGGCCAUGUUGGAGGAGGAAGAGCUGAAGAAAGCCAUCCUGGUGGUAUUUGCAAACAAACAGGACAUGGACCAGGCGAUGACGCCCACUGAGGUGGCCAACUCUCUGGGCCUGCCCGCCCUCAAAGACAGGAAAUGGCAGAUCUUCAAGACCUCGGCCACGAAGGGCACAGGCCUGGAUGAGGCAAUGGAAUGGCUGGUGGACUCCCUGAAGAGCCGACAGUAAAGGCUUCCUCCCACUCUGUAUAUACUCCUGACCUUUGACCCUUCUGUAUGACGCCUUUGUGACUGACCCCUCCCCUGGACCCGAGAUUGCACUCCUUCCCACCUCAAGCCUUGGCCAAGCCCUCCCAAUGCCUAAAGCCUUUCAAGCCUGGGACUCUGAAGUGAAGGCUGCAGUAACGUCUGGAUUGGACACACCCAUACACACACAUUAUGCCCCCAUCUCUUUAAUGCUGGUGUCUUGCGUGAUGGUUUUAAAGCAACCUCAAUGAUAGACAAGUUGGUAUCUUUAUUUUUGUGUUUUAGAAAUGCAUAAAAAUGUGAAACACCUGUGAACAGACGUGUUAAAUGAAGCUACGAUUCUACUUCUAAUAGGUUAUCAUUGAUUAGAAAGAAUCUAUAUGUAAGGCUUUGUGAAUAUCCUAUUUACUAUAACCCUCUAGCUUUCUCAAAUAAGGUGUCUUUGCUGCAUCAGUUGGCUUCAUCUUCUAACAGAGGGGUCACGCUGUGAAGCCUGAACAUGUCCAGUAGGUCCACCAGGAGGCAGUGUUUCCCCAAAAAGACACAAAUAUCAGGAGUCAGUGAGAGCUAAGUCUUGCUUCUGAUUUGAGGAAACAUCACUACGAUCGGCUGCAUUGCAAACUCAUUAGACAAUUGUAUUACCGUAUGCUGGACUAGCCAAGCAGCAUUGAAUGUCAAUAUUUAGUGCAGCACAUUUUCAAUCCAACAUAUCUCUAUGUAAACAGUCUGCUGGCUUGUAUGAAAUGUUUGUGGUUUUUUUCUUAGAAAUUUGGGCACUGGUUUUAAAAAAAAAAAAAAGUACUCCAUUUCCCACUAUGUGUCCUCUGGCCGAGUGUUACUGCAGCCUGGGCUGUUUUUGUACAAUACCGUCAGGCAGAUACAAUGUCAUGGAUUUCUAUUGUAGUUUUCUCCUCCUGUUCAUUUGUGUUGUUCCCACUAUUUUUUAAAUAAGUAGUUAAAGCCUUUUUUUCAUUGAAAUCCUUGAGUGCAGCUUUGGCAUAUUAGUCAUCGAGUUACUGAACACUAACUGUAUGCUCAAAGUUUUAUGGUUGCAUAUUUAUAUCUGCUUGUACAGUGAAAAUGAUUCUCAGUAAAGAUUGCUAUCAGUGAUUGUA